AUGAAGUUGUCUGCUGAAGGUGGAUUACUAUUGACAGCGGGCAUAUUCAGGCGAUCGAAUAAAUGGAUACAAAUAUGGAAUGCAUACCGUGACCCUGAAGCAAAUCCAAUUCCAGCAAGUGCAUGUUGGGAAUUAGUUCUGACAGAAAUCAGCUAUAUCCCAGCAGCUUUGGCUGGCUUGGGCUAUAUAGCAGGAUGGCAUAAGCGAGAUGAUAGUAAUUUAUUAGAAUUACCCUACAGAUGA